AUGAAGGAAAACACGCGAAACCCUCUUCAUCUCAAGUCGUUGAAUCACAUAUCUCUUGUAUGUCGAUCCGUCGAGGAAUCCAUGAACUUUUAUCAGAACGUUUUAGGGUUUCUCCCGAUCCGGAGACCUUGCUCUUUUGAUUUUGAUGGCGCUUGGUUGUUUGGUCAUGGGAUUGGGAUUCAUCUUCUGCAGUCUCCAGAACCAGAGAAAUUACUCAAGAAAACAGAGAUUAAUCCCAAGGAUAAUCACAUUUCUUUCCAGUGCGAGAGCAUGGAAGCGGUGGAGAAGAAGCUAAAGGAAAUGGAGAUGGAGCAUGUGAGAGCAGUAGUGGAAGAAGGAGGGAUCCAAGUGGACCAGCUCUUCUUCCACGACCCUGACGGUUUCAUGAUCGAGAUCUGCAACUGCGACAGCCUCCCUGUGGUCCCUCUUCUUGCUGGUGAGAUGGCUCGCUCCUGCUCUCGUCUCAAUCUCCACCAACCAGCUGCUCCAUCCUCCUCUGAUCCUUCCUUAGUUAAUCGGUUACCUGUCUUGUCCUCAUCUCCUUAUAACUAG